AUGGCAUUCUUUUGGAAUAUCGCGAAUCGUUCCAGAGUACCUCUUUCAGCAGCUCUUGUCUCUCAGAUGGCGCGUGUCAUGACCUUUUGUGAUAAACCGAAAGAGGUGUCCGAUUCACAGGCUGUAGAAUCUGAAGGUGAGGGUGGCCCUGAAAAGCAAUUCCGGGAGGGUAUGCAGCCUGAUGCGGAUGGAGAUUAUCACGGUAUUUUUCCCAAGCGGCAACUCUGGAAGCCGAAGUUUGAAUAUCCUUUAUGGGAUACGAACUGGGACGGAAUGGAACCACCAUUGACGGGCGACAAAGAAAUGGACCGCAAAAAAAUGCGGGAGAUUCGCAGACAAGGAGUAACUCGACACAUUAUUCUCGUAAGGCACGGACAAUACGACGAAACCCAUAAAGAAGAUGAGAAACGGAUAUUGACCCCCCUCGGGCGGGAGCAGGCAGAGUUGACUGGUAGGCGAUUAGCAGAGAUGAUUGCAGGUGCGGAAAACAAUUUUGGAUCCUGCAAAAUUAAAGUGCUUCGGGUUUCAGACAUGGCCCGUGCGAAAGAAACAGCCAACAUUAUUGCUUCGCAGAUUCCCGGUAUUCCUACUAGUGAACCCGAUACCCUACUCAACGAAGGACGACCGUGCCAUCACAUACCUGGAGGAAAGGCUACCACCAAGGUCGUCGUAACGACCGAUGACAACCAUCCACGUAUCGAAGAAGCUUUCCGAAAGUAUUUCUACCGGGAGCCAAUUUCUUUUUCUGGAGACGUAGAGACUCCGCCAGAAACAGCCAAUACAACAGUGGGCUCAGACGAAGAACACCACGAGUUUGAAAUUAUUGUCUGUCACGCCAAUGUGAUUCGCUAUUUUUUGAUGAGCAUGCAUUUUACGCUAAUGGAUGGAAUUUAUGGUUGGCAGGGCGCUACAGCUUCCUCCAGAGGCGUGGCUUAG